UAUUCUGCAGAAUUAUUUUCUUGCCUGGGUUUCCGCACAUUACAUUACAUCACAUUCAUUUUGUUUUAAUUCCAGCAGCAUGUUACAUCGCAAUGUACACCUAAUGAGCGUGCACAUUUCACGAGGGGCUCUUCUGUUGGAGAUGAAAUUUUACCACGAAGUCCCGGGCAUCGAUGAAGUCAUUCCAUAGGCCUACUCGUAAGCGUUGUCCAGCCUCCACUUUGUUUAUGUUCCGUCACCGGGAUAACCAAUACUGUCGGUCAAUAGCGUUCAAGUCUGCUCCACGACUAUCCAAUGAAAACUCGUAUCUUGUUCCGGCAUUUCGGCAGCGGGAUGUUUAUCAGCGAACCGUCGAUAGAAGCGUGUAUAGUAUCUGGAAGUCUUGUUUACGCUUAACUUGUGCAAUAAUGGUCGGCGUUACUUUGAUGGUUAUGUACGAGGACGAGUCUGUGGAGGUGCGCUAUGGCGAUGGGUCCUGUUUGCAGCUCUCUGCGUGUGGAUCCGAGUUCGUGUUGGAGAAAUCUCUUCCGUCCUCCGCUCACCCGCUACAGCUGAACGAAAAAGUCCGACAGAGAACACGCUUCGCCACCAGCAUUUAUAAACUAAUGAUUCAGGCCCUGGAGUUCAGGAACAGGUAUGCGACGAGGCCCUACCUACCGGAAGAGCUCAUCCCAGCACACUGCAGAAUGUACUUACCUGCUGAUAUUUCAGAGGUUGAGUGGCCUUCUCUCAAUUCCUGUGGUUUAGAGUUUGGCUCAAAGGGUGAAGCGAUCAUCACCUCUGUAGAUGGGAACGCCAGCCUCCUCCUAUCCCCCUCCAGGGAGGAGUUCACUGUAGAGUUCAUCUGUAGGGCCAGUCAGAAUGAGGCCCUGAGGGCUGUCAAUGGAGAGCCAGAGACGAAGCCAAUCUCACCACAUGUGAACCAUCAGGAUGUUCCAUCAGAACGGCCUGCGAAAAUACGGCAGACUGUAGCUGAGAGUGCCACAGUGUCUGAAGUCGAAGGGAAUGGACAGAGGUGUGCAGGGCCCAAGAACACCACCUGUGUGGGAUCCACCAAAGUGGAGCCCAAAGAGGCACAUCUGUGCACCCGUGUGGUCCAGCACCACUCCCGCUCCUGCCCCCCGCCUGUUUGGCAGCAUCCCUUGUCUUUAGCACUCAGCCGGUGGAGCUCACAGGAGCUGGAGCCUGAUUGGGACAACAUGGAGGAGGGGGCUGGCGUGGCUGGAAGAGCCUGCCCUUCAGGGCCAUGGUUGCCCAAGGGACAAAGGUGCCGCCUUCCCGAGGCUCUCCCAGUCAGAUGUCCCUCACCACAUCAGCACAGCUGGAAUUUCAGGGAUGUUCUCCAACGAAGUGAAGAAGACCUGGAGCAAGGUCUGCGAACAGAGCUGGUGAAAGUCAUGUGGUGCCAAGGGGUAGUUUACAGACUCAUCAACGGGGCAGUGACCAUCAUAGAGAUUUCCCCAGGAGAUGGUUCUGUAAUCAGGUCAAAUGGAGCAGUGGCAAACUACUUCACUCAUCACUUGGCUGGACUUGCACCUGGGCAGGGCGAGGAGGGGACAUACUUUGUGAACAGCCUCCCUCCGGACAUACCUGGCCAAGUGUACUCGGUGUCCACCGUAGUGAGCCGUGCCAGCAGGAUCCUGAAGUGCUACCAUCAGGCCAGGCUCUCCCUGAUGCUCCCCAACACCCACGGCUGCUGGAGGGAGGAGAGCGGUUAUUCAGACAAUGCAGUUCUGAUCCAGGAGGCUCACGUCGAGGGGUCCGGUCAUUUCAUGGCCUUCUCUGAUGGCAGGGUCCAUGUGGUUUUUCUGGACAGGGUAACGCUGCAGAUGAUGUGGAACUUCAGCGCCAGUGCAGCAGCAACGCAGGAGUCGGGUGGGCUGUGGUGGCGUCCACGAGGCGCCUGGCCGCAGUGCGGCUGGUGCCAGCUCACCCUUGCGGACGGUCAGCGUCAGCUCUUACAGCUGCAGGCACCAGGGCCGCAUGGCGGGUACGUGUCGGCAGCAGUGGAGUGGUGCCAUUGGGUUGAGAAGACCAAACAGAAUAAGGGUGGGGCAAGCUGUGCAGUCCAGUCUGCUGGGCCAGGGCGGAGCUGGUCUGUUGUAGCAGAACUGGAAAAGAUCAAAAGAUUUAAUUUCCUGUUGGAGCACAGCGGGCUCCUGAGGACCCCCGGGGGUUCAGCGGGGUUGCGCUGCAGGUCCUGGGAGGCAGUCUCCUGUAGCGAGCACUCCGUGACUCCCGUGGAGGGCAGUGAGAGCAGCAUUGAGGAAGCGCUGCAGAGGACCUCCAGAACCAUCCAGGACAUCGAGGCGCUUCUGUCAGACAGGACAUCCACUGAGCACAGCGCUGCAUGAGCUGGGUCUGGGUGCUGUAAAAAUGAAGAGUUACAGAGCACCUGCUGACAAGAGGCUACUUUUUACUUCAUUGUUAUCUUUGAUCAUGUGUAUGUGGUUAAAGCUCGAAAUUAAACUGUCUGGUGAAAGUUGAUACGUCUUUCCAUGAGGAGACAGGCACAAAGCAAAUGAGAACCAAUGAUGUGGAGAUAUAUUCAUUGAAAUAACUGCUGCACAUGACAUCCCCUCAUGUUUGCAUGUGCACAUAGAGAUGCCCAGAAAGCAGCAGGUGAUCAGUGACUGAAUAAACAGCUUCAAUCAAGGUUACUACGUUUUUGUUUUGUUUGACUGCCCACAACACCCCUUGUAACUGAUUUCCUAAAUAACAUGUUGAAUGACAUUUCUACAACCAAAUAAUAAACCAGGUGCUAGCUCUCUUCAGUUUGAUUACUGCUGGCCCCUUUCUCAGACCUCUGUACAUUGUUAGCAUUAUGAGGUCUCCAGGCCCCCUUGCACCUCUAAUGGUCUUGGCCACAUCUUGAAUGGCAUAGUCUAAGCCUGCAUUGCACACUGGGCUCCAUGUGUUGUUACCUGUGCCGAC